CAGUUGCUGCUUCUUAGCUCAAGCAGUAAGCUUUGUGGUGACUAGGAUGGACAGAUGUUAGAAUAAAGUUGGUGACACCUAGAAUCGAUGUCUCAGAAGAAUUGUAUGUGAUCAUCGAGUGAAAGCUGUAACAUUACACAAGAUUAAAUUUCAUUAUCGAACAUAUUUUAACUCGGUAUGCAUUCGAAUACCAUCGUCUGAGUGCUGAAGUGUACUACAUCCACGACAAUAAUCUUUUGGGGGGUCGCUGGGUUUGAAGUUACUGAAACCACUGCAGUUCAAAUGUGACUUAGAACAAAACAUAUUCUGAGACUUUACACUUGAAAGUGAGGUAACGUUAUAGGAAGUAUGUGGAGACAGUGUAAGACGAGAAUAAAAAAAGCGAGUUAUUUCUCUUUCGCCCAAAAUUAGAGACAGAACGCUUCACUACUCAGAUGACUGUUUGAGUUGCAAGUGAAUUAGAUAAAGUGUUAAUAACGGUAUUUAAAUUUAAAUAAUUUAGUAGAUUUGAGGACAUCUUUAGAUCAAGUUCAUUUUUGUAUAAUUAUUUAAUAUAAAUUGCAAAAAUAAUUACUAUAAAAGUAUAAAAAUAAUUUUAUAUAGUUUAGAUACAAAAUAUUCCUUUAUAAUCUUAAAAAAUAACGACACAUGUGUAUUUAUUGUUCGUUAAUUUGCCACAAAAGACUCUAUUAUCUCAGGUAAAUCAGAUCUUAACACACCUUCAAAUGACUCACUUGACAAAAGUUUUAAAAAUCUCAUCUUAACUGAAACACGAUAUUUUUAGUCGACAAACGAAAUGGAAUGCAUUCAACUAAGAUUACGUUUGGUGAUAAUCAUAUGCUUCAUCUUUAUUGUUUGUGUGAACUGCGCAAGAGACCAAAACCCAAACCACACAAUAUCAAGACACAGUCGACAAAAGAAAUCUCACCUCGUGAAGAAAUACUUGAGGCGUCUGAAGAAGCAAGAAGGAAUACUCAGACUAGUAGACGGUCGUGGAGAAUAUGAAGGAAACGUGGAGAUCUACCACAUGGGGAAGUGGGGGAGUGUGUGCGACGACGAAUGGGACAUGCGCGAGGCCAUGGUAGUCUGCCGCCAUCUUGGCUAUGAACGUCCGUACAGAGUCACCCACAGUUCCAUGUUCGGACCCUCGAGAAGGCGCUUCUGGAUGGACAACUUGUAUUGCACAGGAGAUGAGAAAAACUUGACGGCGUGUCGUUUUGAUGGCUGGGGCGCCAAUGACUGUACCAGCAGCGAAGCAGCAGGAGUCGUCUGCUUGUCACCAGAAAUUACAGCCACUGAAGAAACAACUACCACGCCCAAGCCACCGAAGAAAGAGCCUCUUAUAAGAAUUAAAGACGCUACAGAACACAGCAUGUCAAUCAGACUGGCCGGAGGGAGAGUACCUGAAGAAGGACGAGUCGAAGUCAAAUUCGGAGACUCAGCCUGGGGCUUGGUGUGUGGGGACGGCUGGAGUGUCUUUGAGGCCAUGGUGGUCUGCCGACAGCUAGAUCUGGGAUAUGCCAACGACGCUAUUCAGACCGACUUCUUCGGCGGUAACGCCUCCUCCAUGGUGCUGAGCGGUGUACAGUGUCAUGGUGACGAAUCUGCAUUGUCGCACUGCCUCCACGAUCAGAUGGGACAGGUCUCUUGUCCAGGAAAACGAGAAAAUAUAGCAGGUGUCGUCUGCACAUCAGUAAUGGCGGAUCUAGUAAUCGACCAUCUUGAAAUAAUGCGCACGGCACAUUUAGAGGACCGACAGCUGUACUUCCUGCAGUGUGCCAUGGAGGAGAACUGUCUUGCGUCUGCGGCCUACAAGUUGCAGACUGACAACUCUGUGAACUGGCACUUGGAGACGAGGCGACUUCUCAGAUUCACAGCCCGCAUCCUUAACGCAGGAACUUCCGACUUCAGACCCAUGAUACCGGAACACUUGUGGGAGUUCCAUCAGUGCCACAUGCACUAUCACAGCAUGGAAGUGUUUGCAACGUUCGAUGUAAUGGACUCAAAAGGUGUUAAAGUUGCAGAAGGACACAAGGCAUCUUUCUGUUUAGAGGAUAACCAGUGUAUGCCAGGAGUAAAGCCAUUUUAUGCUUGCGCCAAUUUUGGUGAUCAGGGCAUCUCUGUCAACUGUUCUGACAUCUAUCGGCACAAUAUUGAUUGUCAGUGGGUGGAUAUUUCAGAACUGAACCCAGGGAUGUACACCUUCAAGGUGUCCAUCAACCCAGAAUUCAAAGUGGCUGAGAUGACAUAUGACAAUAACGCGGCCGUCUGUUCCCUUUACUACACGGAAUCCUUCGCCCACAUUUUCAACUGCAGCAUUCAGAGACCGUGAUCAAGGCGCCGGUUCAUAAGGCAGUGAUACCUAACCAACGUUAACUAGUCUCUCAUUAUGAACUGUAGACAGUUCUGCUACAAAUAUAACAAACUGUGUAAAGAGAUAAAUUCGUAAGCUACGCGCAGAUACUGAAUGUCACUCUCGAAUUCACAUAAUUGCAUUAAAGCAUACGUUAUACAGUGUGGCAAUGUCAUGCCGGCAUCAAGACAUUGUUUUCUCAUUAUUUUAUUGUUUUAUUGCUAGUGGGGUGGUAUUAAGUCCUUUGUACUGCGGCCACUUCUGGCCUAUUGUAC